AUCUGCAUUCAACUUAACAAUUCUUGAAUUUAAAGCCCUAACACUACAUUCCCAAUCCCUCGGAUUACCUGAAUCCCUAAUUCCUAAUGGCUUUCGACGACGAUGAUGAUUUCUCCGGCAGCGAUUCCGAUGACGGCUUUCAAGAGGACAUGAAAGCCCUUAAGAAAGCUUGCCUUCUCGCCGGCAAGGAAACUGACGACCUCCAACCUUCAUGUUCCACCGGCGAUAUCGGCGGUGGCCACGUCACCGGUGCGGACGACGUAACCCCCUCCGGUACAGACGUUGAUGACGUAGACGAUGACAUCGAGUUGGUUCGUAGCAUACAAGAGCGAUUCGCCCUAUCGACAGAGCUUCGUGAGCCUCUAACUCUAAAACCGUUGUGCUCGCUUCCUCCUCCUGGCUCGGAGGGUGACGAUGACGACGAUGAUUUCGAAACCCUACGUGCUAUUCAGCGCCGCUUUGCGGCCUACAAUGACGAUUCUGGAAAGGGAAGAAAGGAGAGUCCUUUGAAUAACUUUGAGCAGGUUGGUGUCACUAACAUUACCUCGGAAAAGGAAUCUUCCAAUAAUUUCUUUGUAGAGAGAACUAAUGCUGGGGAAGGGUUUCCCGCUUGUGUAGAUGGAACCAUACAGAUUUCUGAUGGAUGCAGUAAUGAAAUUGCUAGUUCUCAGAAUCUCAUUGAGUGGCAUGAUUCCGGUGCUGAAAACACAGCAGUGUCAGUUAAUUCUUUUUGCUUCCCAAAAUCAGCACAGGCAUUUGUUGAGGCCAUCAAGAAGAAUAGGUCUUGUCAGAAAAUUAUCCGGGAUAAAAUGAUGCAGAUUGAAGCAAGAAUGGAAGAGUUGAAAAAAUUGAAGGAACGGGUGAAGAUCCUUAAAGGCUUUCAGAUCGCUAGCAGAAAGAGAAUGGGGCGGGCCUUGUCACAGAAAAGAGAUGCACGUGUCCAGUUAAUUUCUUUGCCAAAACAAAAGUGCAGUUCAAAGGGAAAGAAGUUAUCUGCAAUACAUUAUGGACCUCCCGAGAAUUCUCAUGUUGCUAGCGUUAGGGAGGCAUUGACACAUUUUGCUGUCUCAUUGAGUCGUAAGGAGUGGUCUAAAGAAGAGAGAGAGAAUCUUGCAAAAGGAGUGAAACAACAAUUUCAAGAGAUGCUGCUUCAACGCUCUGUGGAUCUACUAAGUAAUGAGGAUGGACGUUCCGGAGAAUCUGGUGAUCUUGAUGGCCUUAUUGCCUCAAUCAGGGACGUUGUGAUUACCCCUGAGACCAUGAGGUUAUUUCUACCCAAGGUCAAUUGGGAUCAAGUAGCUGCCAUGUAUAUUCCUGGUCGUUCUGGUGCUGAAUGUCAAUCGAGGUGGUUGAACUGGGAAGACCCUUUAAUUAAACAUGAAGAGUGGGAUAUAUUAGAGGAAAAGGCCCUUUUGCAUGCUGUCCAGCGGAAUGAAAUGAGUAACUGGAUUGAUAUUUCUGCAUCAUUAGGAGUAUGUAGGACUCCGUUUCAGUGCUUAUCACAUUAUCAGAGGAGUCUGAAUGCUUCAAUCCUUAGGCGGGAAUGGACAGAGGAGGAGGAUAUUAAACUCUGUGCUGCUGUGGAGACUUUUGGUGAGAGUAACUGGCAGCUUGUUGCUUCUGUAAUUGAGGGCCGGACAGGUACACAGUGCUCCAAUAGGUGGAUCAAAUCACUUCAUCCAACAAGGAAAAGGUGCGGUAAAUGGAGUGCUGAUGAAGACAAACGAUUGAAAGUUGCUGUGAUGCUCUUUCACCCUAAAUCUUGGAGGAAUAUAGGUCAAUCUGUGCCUUGUCGAGCUCCAAUUUGGAAGAAGAUAGCUCAAUAUGUACCAGGGAGGACUCAUGUACAAUGUAGAGAAAGAUGGGUCAAUAGCUUAGAUCCUUCUUUGAAGUUGGAUGAGUGGACAGAAGAGGAGGAUUUGAAGUUAAAAUCAGCCAUAGAUGAACAUGGAUAUUCCUGGUCCAAGGUUGCUGCUUGCGUUCCUCCACGCACUGAUAACCAAUGCCGGAGGAGAUGGAAGGUGCUAUUUCCAGAUGAAGUUCCCAUGUUGCAAGAAGCUAAAAAGAUACGAAGAGAAGCUUUUAUUUCCAACUUCGUUGACAGGGAGGAGGAGAGACCUGCCCUUAGACCCAAUGACAUAGUUCCAACUCAUAAACUUAGUUAUAGAGCUGGAUGUGGAACUGCUUCUGCGAAUAAAAGAAGGAAACUAAGGCCCAGAGCAGCUAGGGAUGAUUCGGCUCCUAGGUGUGAUGCAUUAUGUGAAUUGGAGAGGCGACAUUUGGAGGAAAGUGAAGGUCCAGAGUCUUCUGAUCUUCUAAACAACAGUUCAUUAUCUUCUAGAGACCAGGAGAUUGAGAGGAUUUCAGAUGGUGAAGAGGCGUUUGAACAGGGUUAUCAUGAUUCAACAAAGAAUAAAAGACCAUCUAAACUGCAUCCUAGAAGGACUAAAAAAUUAGCACCAAAUGAUAUGGUUCCAGAGGCUUCUGCUUCCAGUAAGGUUGAGUCUACUACUGCAGUUAACAAUAUCUGCAAGAAUAGGAGGAGAACCAGUUCGCUAGUGAAGAAAAAGAGAACUAUUGCCUCACAAGAAAGUUCAUCAUCUUUGCCAAAUCUGUCUUCGUCAAUGACAGUUGUUGAAGAGGUUGAUUCACAUGUUCAAGACAGCGGGAAGACCAUGAAUAUUAUGGAUAAACCUCAUUCCACAAGUGGAUAUGAUGAUUCCUGUGUUAACUCUGAGGGUCCUCCAUUGUCUCGUCCACACUUGGAUAAAGGGACAGCUGAUCUCGAUGUUGGUGAGAACCGUGUUUGGGAAAAUGUUUCUACAAUAGGGCCCCAAGAAUCCUCAUUAUAUUUUCAAAAGAAUGCUUUUGUUUGCACUGAUGAAAAUGCAAGACAGUUAAAAGCUUCAGGCUGUCACAAGCUAAAUAAAUGCAAGCAGUUGAAGUGCGAUGGUAGGUUUUCCUUAACUAAUCUGCGUGAAACAGCAGAUGACUGCAUGACCCUUGCUUCCUUUAUCCUUAAAUCGCGUGCGAAGAGACGUUCAUUUUCUUCUGCUAAGGUUGCCAAGUUGCGUCCAGACAUAGCUCAAAGUAAGGAUGUGGCAGACGAUCACUCUAGCAGAUCUUGUAUAUCUGGUGGUCAUGAUGGAGUGGAAAAGACAAUGACCCAAGAAUGCACUAGUUCCAAUCAGAUAUCGAGGGCUGAAGUAGCGGAUGACAUGCCCCUCGCUCUUGUUAUGGGCAGAGUGAAAAGGAGGCCACGUUAAGUUGUUGAUAAAUUUGACCCCCUCGAGAGCACAAGAUAGAAAAAGGAGCAAAUGCUGCUCAUUAUUAUCAGAGGCAAGCUCAAUGGUGAGGCCAGCUGGUCUACUGUCUUCAUCUCGACUGGUUUCGGAUGCGUAUAUCAAUACCGCACCCGUAUGCAAACAUUCAGACAAUUGGAGAGAGAAUAAUGAGAUUCACUUGUAUAGGCGGUUUAAAAAUUUUCUUCACUUCCUGCUUGACGGAUGAGUUAUAAGUUGCUCAACUGUUUUUCUUUUCCAAAUUGAAAAGCCAUUCUUUCUAAUACUGUUGGGAGAGCUCUGAAGACGUGGUAAUGUGAAUUCUCAGUCAGUUUUUGCCUUGUGACUUACUUUUUACCCAGCCUUUAUUUUGAAUGCAAGGUGUGUGUAAGUGUAAAACAGAUACUGCAAUUUAAGAAUGAACAGUAAGAUUUUAG